AUGGCAACUUCAGGGUUUAAGCAUUUGGUAGUUGUGAAGUUUAAGGAAGAUGCUAAGGUUGAUGAGAUCUUGAAGGGGUUAGAGAAUCUUGUUUCUCAAAUUGAUUCUGUCAAAUCCUUUGAAUGGGGAGAAGAUAAAGAGAGUCACGAGAUGCUUAGACAAGGAUUCACUCAUGCAUUCUCAAUGACUUUUGAGAACAAAGAUGCUUACGUUUCUUUCACAAGCCAUCCUCUUCACGUUGAAUUCUCAGCUGCUUUCACCGCCGUUAUCGACAAGAUCGUGGUCAUGGAUUUCACCGUCGCUGCCGUCAAAUCUUCCGUUUUGUAACACCUUAAAAACCUCAUGAUGUUAUUCUACGUGUUACUUUUAUAAUCUCGUUUUAAACUCUCCCCGGUUUUGGUUAUGUAAUUCGCUUGGUUAAGUGUUUUGGCUUGAUUCGUUUAUUUCCGGUUCAUGAUACUUGGAAGUUUAUGAUUUCUCUGGUCGUAUUCUUUAAGACUAUUUAAAACGAAAUUCUUACAAUAUAAUUAUAUUCAAAUAAACACAAUUAAUUUUAAUUAAACUAUAAUGAAUUUGGUAUAAUAAUAAAAAUAAAUAAAUUAAUUAGAAAGAACUCCAUCAAACCAUCUACAGAGUCUGUGGAGUUGGUGAACCUCAUC